CAAAGGGGCGCAAGUGUGUGAACUCGACGAAACACGGAUUUUGACAAAAUCGAUGCGAAACUGUGUUAUUUUGUAACUGAAAUGUUUUAAUAUUUUGUUGUGUUUGUGCUUAGAUCAAUUUAAUUAACCAUUCCUAGCAAUUGGUUUAAUUUAAGUGUUGUGGUAACUCAUGGGUCCUUUGGCUUUUGGGCAAGCAAGGUCAUAGUUCAUAAUAAUCGCAGCGAUGAUGUAAAUAUGACGAUUUCUAAAAUGUGUGACAAAGCGACAGACAUCCGGUAAAAUAGAUCUAUCAGUCUGUCAAACUGGCGGCCCUCCAGGAUGCGGUCCGCGCGCCCUCGCUAGCACCGCGCGCAACCCGCCACGUCGCCACACUUACUGGUCCAGUUGGAAGUAUCAGCCUAACGCAAGACAUAAGCAAUGAAAGAGGUGUGCAAUAGCGAGGAGGUGCCCGAGGUUGAGAUCGUCAGUCUUCUACAAGAACACAUACCAAAAUACCGACUGCGAGCCGACAGCCUUACCCAGUUUGGAGGGUACGAGAAUCAAGAUUGGUUCAUUCCGUCGCCGGCGCUUCCAGUCAGCGACGACGACCUAGCAUUAACACCUGACCAGAUCAGGGAGACUCUCAAUUACUUCCUUCUAUGCAGCAACAGGGUGAGCCAAAUGACAAAAACCUACAAUGACAUCGAAGCGGUAACACGGCUCUUAGAAGAAAAAGAGAAAGAUUUGGAGCUUACUGCUCGCAUCGGCAAGGAGCUUUUGGCUGCCAACGGCCGAUUGGAGGCUCGCGUUACCUCGCUCGAAGGAGAGCUCCGGGGCGCGCGGGACCACAUCACGCAACUGCGGCACGAGCUCACUGCCAAGACUGAAUUACUGCAGGUGUUAACAAAUGACACAGAGGAGGUCACAACUCCGACGGAGCCAGAAGAGACGCCUAGUGCGUUUGCGUUGCGCAAGCGCACCGGCGCGCUGGAGCGGGAGAACCGCGCAUUGCGCGAGGAGGCCGCGCGGCUCGCCGCCGGCGCCGACCACGCCGAGCUGGCCGAGCAGCGGCUGCUGCGGGACAUCGCUCAUCAACUCGCCAGCGCGAACUCAGAGGCUAGUGUGUUGGGUACGGAGCUGAUAGAAGAGAGGCAGAGGGCGUUGGAGCUGCAGCAACAACUUGACUCUGCUAACACCAGACUUGCGGCCACUGAGAGGAAUUUUCAGCAGUUAUCUGCUGAACACGAACAUACCGUACGAAUAUUAGAAAUAACAAGAGACAAUCAAAAUGCACUCGCAGCGGAAUUGGCAGACGCGAAGGAGCGGUACGCAGAGAUCGCAGCACACCUCGCGGAGGCGCAAGAGCAGCUGCGUCAGCUGCGCAAGCGCGGCGAGCCGGUGCGCGGGCUCAUGCCAAGCGUGGCUGCCGCCGCCGGCCUGCUGCCCGCGUCCCUGCACCGAGAGAUGCACUCCUCCGUCUUCUCCGAGCUCAGCCUCGACUCUGGCAUCGGCGAUCCGCUGGCACACUCAAGCAUGCAAAAGGUGUUUGAGACCGUGCAGUGCGCGUCGCGAUGGUCGGGCGGGUCUCUGUCGGGCUCCGACGUGCCGGACGCCCCGCUGGUGGCGCCCUCUACACACACACGGUCCGGUUCCUUGCUCCUCAAACAACCACCUAAACCCUCCAGCGACUCGUUCUUAGACGACAUCUCUGAUGCCGAGUCCGAUGAUUUGUAUCCUGGUGGCCAAGGCGUAGGUGUGCCUGGUGCGCCAGGGGCGGCAGAAUUGGCUGCGGCACUCCGAAGACUUACACCUCAAGAGAUCAACUCCCGUCGUGCGUCCCUCGCCGCCUCGCAUGUCUUGCGGCAUAAGCGAUAUGCUGAACGGGACCAAAGCGAAGAGAGUGCGGUCUGGGGAGCGGGCGCGGCGGGAGGGCUGGCUCAAUUCCGAGCGCCUCACAAACUGCAGAUCGUGAAACCUAUGGAGGGGUCACUCACCUUACACACUUGGGCGCAGCUCGCUAAACCUACCAUGUCGGGUCUGCUAGAAGAUCAAGAAGGCGUGGGGGUGCGCGGGGCGCGGUCGGCGACCGGCCUGGGGUUGCGGGUGUACCGACUGUCAGACGUGGAGGAGGACGACGAUAUGCCGCGGCUGCCGCACUCCAGCCAUGUCUACACCUUUACUAACAGCACGGUGCUGCACCCGAACGAUGGCAGCUUGGUCGGCAGCAGCGUGAGCAGCGUGUGCAGCAGCGGCAUGAGCAGCCUGUCGAGCAGCGUGCUGGGCUCGGCGUGGAGCUCGCGGCUGACGUCGCGGCGCUCGUCGGCCGCCGUGUCGCCCGUGCACUCGCGCCGCGAGUCCAUGUGCGUGCCACCCUCGCGGCCGCACUGGUCGCCCACCGCCACGCCCGCCAAUAGCCCGCUGCUCGGCUCCCCCGACUCCUCGCCGCCGUCCACGCCGCGGCCCGGCGACGCGCCGCCCUCGCUGCACGCGCUCAUCGCCAGCGGCACCUCCAUCCUGCGGCGCCGCUUCCUCGCCUCGCCCAACUCGGACGGCUCGCCGGCGCCCAUCGCCCUCCAGACCCCCGGCUCGCUGUACACGGGGCUCAUGCACCGCAGCCCGAUGGAGCAGCUGACGUGCCUGAAGCGCACGCUGCGCUCGCCGGCCGCACCGCCGGAACGCAGCGGCUCGCUGGAGACGCCGAUGGGCGUGCCGGCGCACCCGGGCGAGGGCGCGCUGGAGGCGGCGACGGGCCCUGUAGCGCGGAGGCCGCGAGCGCGCGCGCCCCGGCCGCGCGCCGACCUCGGCACGGUUGGAUCGGCGCCGCCCUCGCUGCCGGCGCCGACGCACCAGUCCCCGCUGGGCACGCUCAGCAACCUGCUGUUCGGCCGCAAGGGCGGGCUGCUGUGAGAGCGGCGCGCGUCUCGACGUCGGCGAGCGAGAUAUAUUUUCACUUCGAGGUGCCGUGUUCCCGAUGAACGUUCGAUCUGAGCGUUUAGGCUUAUUAUUUUGCUACUUGUGAUUUAGCUUUAGAUAUCUUUAUAGGUUUUUUUUCUACAUCGUACCUAUUGUAUAGGCGUACUAGGAAAAUGGACGUACGUCUCGUUAGAUGAUUUUUACUAUUUGAAUUCUUUAUGUUGUGAAUUAUGCGAUUUUAUUAUCUUUUGACGUAUAUUUUUUCUUAGAGAAUUUUUCUUGAGAGUCCGCUGCAUUUAUCCGACUGAUCUAUGGAUAUGUUAACUGGCAGCUCUUUUUCUAACUUCCUUUUGUAAUUUAUAAUCACGAACGAAAAUGUCGAAGUUCAUGAUGGCAUUUUAUAUUUCUCUCUUAAACAUUCCUAGUGAAGAGCUCAAUGUUAUUAGGUGAUCGACCUGCGUGCAGAGAGAAUUGUCGCGAGGACCAAGCGUGCACUUAAAAUUAUGGGAACUUUUGAAACCAAAAAUUGAUUUAUACGAUCGAAAUGAAACCAGUAAGCAUUAAACGAAUUAUUGGAUUUCUUUAUGUUUGCUUUAGAUACUUAAUGACUUAAAUCGAUUUUAUUUAAUGAUAAUAAAUGUAGGGAUCCAUCCCGUUGCUGAGCAGUCUGUCUCAGUAUUGAUUAGGGGUUGUAAUAUUUAUUUAUAUUAGGUAAAUAGUGAGACUUAACACUUAGUUUUGUAGCGGGAGCUAUCAAACUUAGGAUUAAUUCAUACAGAUAUCAGAUUCAUGAUCGCUCCUAGUGUCACGUUCGUAAUGAUCAUUCUUGUGACAUUGUAAUGUAUCAUUGUAAAUAAUCAAUUUCCAUUAAUCUAGAAGAGUACAAAUUAUUUAUGUUAAUCAGAAAACUUGGAAUAUUUACUGCAAAUAGCGGAAGCCAAAUAAUUUUGUUCAGAAUACUAAAAAUGUUAAAUGUGUUUAGUUUCGCAAGAUUAUCACAAUAAUUUACAGAUGUAAAUAAUACAAUUUUAACGUUAAAUCGGGGGAAGUUCUAGUAUGUUUAUAGUUGCUUGAAAUUUGUUCAUAGGUUUUGGUAAAAUUGUUACUAACAUAGGGUCUGAAUAAAAUAAUGGUGCAUGCCAUAGUGUAAGUAGUUUCGAAAUUCAUUGAAGUGGAAAACGUAAGAGGGCGAAUGGGAAUUGUCGAUUGCCUGUGACACUGAAUAAGAAACGUGAUAAGGAUGUUAAUGUUAAUAAAUAAUAAAAUCAAUUAGCUAAAAAUCGAUACUAUUUUUGGUAAAUUUAGUCCACACGAUAUGGAUGGAUGUUUCUUAUUCAGGGUCACAUAGCUCCUAAAGAGGUUUCUCUCCGUUAUGAUCGAUUUUAUUAGUUAAAUUCACCAUGCUAUCGUUUAGGUUAUUGAAAUCGGUGCUAGAUAGACAUACCAGUGAUGUUUUUCGAAACGGUGUGAUAAUGUUAAUCGCACGCGAAAUUAUGAUUUGAAAUUGCUCUACUAUUAUUGUUUACUGGUGUUGUUUUUCGUUUUAAUUAUAAAAUUGUGAAGUUUGUAAACAUAUCGGCGUAUUAUGUAGACAAUGGGAACUUUCUAAUAGAUUUACGAAGUGUACAAUCAUCUAAGCAAAAGAUUUGGGGGGCUAAAAGGGCCAUAUCAAAGCAAUCUAAAAAAAGCAAUAUUGCAAUUCGAUAUUUGCGCAUAUAAAAGUAAAUGCGCAAUGUCAAAAUAGCAAUAUUGCUUUUUUAGGUGAAUUGCUUUGAUAGAUACACCGUAUCAUCUGUCAAAGACUUAGCAGGUCUGUAAAGUAAUGAUUGAUAAAUCAAUGAAUGAGUCAAUCACAAUCAUUUAUUUAUGAUAAUUCGUCAUUGAAGGUUUUUUGUAUUAAAUGCAAGAAAAUAAAAUCCAAUUAAUUAUUUAAUUCGACAAUAAAAUAGAAAAAAAGAACCAUCUUAUCUGAAGUAUUUGUUCUGAGGUUCUACUAAUAUGCCGUUAUGAAUAGGAGAAUAUUUGGAGGUAGUCAACAAUGUAAGGCUGUGAGGCGACGAAUGUGAGAUGAUGAGUGCAUUGCCAGAAUCAGGUCCAUACAGCAGAGACUAAGGCACAAAUUGUAGGGAAUUUGUUGAGAUUUGACGAUUGCAACAAAGUAAUUAUGAUUGUAUCAUAACAGAAAUAUAAUUUAUUCAAAGUA